UUAUAUCAACAAAUAUUCCGUUAGUUACAAAAGAAAGAUCCAAUUGUCAUUUGGAUACGGUUCUCCGGUCGCGCCCUUGUAUCUUUAUCCUUCCAGUGACCGCGUAGUGAGUUGUCAACACUUACAAGUGAUAAUUAAAUGUACGGAAAAAAGUGUAAAGAGUAAGUAAAACCGCAAGAGAAACCAACUGUCACACAUUUCAUUUAAUAAAAAAAUAGUCAGCCAGAUGCGUUCGCGCGGCGUCACGUGCGCUAAGCGAUUUUUUGCAUCUUGCCGGGAAUACGGACAAUGUCAAAAAUAUCUAGAACUAAAGCACUCGAAUACAUAUCGAAUUGGAGUACAACAGACGUGAUCGAAAUUCUUAAAAAGAAUGGCCUAGAAGAAUGUUGUCCAGCAAUAUUAAAACGUCAAAUUGAUGGAGAUGAACUUUUGCACUUAACUGAGGGGAAAUUGGCGCUUUGGAAGAGUGACUUAUCACGCUCUCAAACAUGGAGUUUAUGGACAUUUGUCGAAGGAUUAAAUCGAGCACCAGAAGAACACGUAGUUUCUAAUAUUACUCAUAACGAUCAAGAACCGGUAAGCGAUUCUGGAUCAUGGGGAACGGACUGGGAAGAUUACGAAGAUGAUGAUGAUUCAUCAGCGAUAAAGAAACAUGUUGGACUUCGUAAAAAUGGUUCGUCACAACGUAGCACGGGUUUUAGAAAUAGUUUAAUGGUUUUUCAGAAUCAUGAAAAGCUUGCACAAAAUCAAAAACAAUCAUCUAAUGUUAUUUAUAGACCAGAAAGUAUUUAUAUGAAUUACAAUGAAAAUGAUUCAACUGAAUCGAAAGAUGAAGAAACCAUGUAUAUGAAUUUAGAAGAAGAGGAGCAAAAAAUGCAAAAAAACCCGAAUAAGAAUUUAAAUCAAUUUGAACAAACUCUUUCGGAACAAUUAAAAGAGCAUUUAAAAUUACGGUCGAUUGAAAAACCUGCGUUAAUUAAGAACAAAGUAGAGCUGCCUGAUAAAUCUGAGAUACAACUGCCAGAGAAACCCGCUGUACCUGCACGUCCUCCCAAGUUUAACAGUAUUGAGAAAAAAGAAAUAAAAAAACCAGCAUCUCCACCACCGCGCAUUGAUAGAAGUCCUGUUGUUCCUGAAAGACCAGAUGACCUGCCAAAACCGCCAGUAAUGAUACGAAAUUUCGAUCUUGUGGCCAAUUUACCUACAAAAACAAAUGAAAGUGAUGAUGAAUAUGAAGAUUUCGAUGCGCAAAUAAUUGAACAAAAUCGAUUAAAGGUGGAAAGUAAUCAAUCGCUUAUCAAAAGGUCUGUUGAAAGUUUAUAUAAACCGCCCAGUACUACGAGCCAGGAGAAAGAGGCAGAAGAAGAUUGUGAAGAUUUUUAUGAAUCGAUUACUGAGAAUGUGGAUGACAAUAAUUACUAUAUUCAGCCAAUUUCUCAACCUGUCAGAGAACUUCCACAGCUCCCGGUGAAUCCAAAUACAUCAGAUUCAACUGUUACCCUAUCAAAAACUUCAUUAUCGAAGAUUCAAAACAAAAAUGAACGAUCACCUGAUAAAAAAUCUGCGACUUUACCUCAUCCUGGAAGCAGCACAUCUUUGUCAGCUGAAAUGAGAGCUACACGACCAUUACCUCCACCACCCUUUGGGCAAUCUUACAUUAAUUUCUCAUGGUUUCAUAAUGUUACACGAGAACAAGCUACAACUCUUAUUCAAGAGCGAGCUUACAGUAAUGUACACAAUGGAUACUUUUUGAUCAGGCCGUCAACUUCUGAUAUAAACAGUCCUUUGGUUCUUGUGGUUUGGCUGAAAGACAGAGUUUAUAAUGUUCCUAUUAGAAAAAGAACAGACAACAGGUUUGCAUUAGGAUCUCCUAAAUUAAAUGAAAAGACGUUCAUAAAUGUAGAUGAAAUUAUAACAUAUUAUUCAAAAGAAGAAUUAAUUUUAUAUUCAAGUGGAAAACAAAUGGGAAGUACUAAAUUAACAGAUUCACCUCCAAAAUGAAUUAGAAAGAAGCACUGAUAAUAAAAUUAAUUGAAAUGAAAAGAAAUCAAGAAGAAGCUGUAAUAUACUGUCAAUUAUGAGUGACUUUUUAUGAAUCUCAAAGCGUGCCUUAAUUAUGUAUAAUAGACUGCCUUGAUGAUAAAGAAUACUUAUCAUUUCUAUUCCAAUUUAUUUUUAAAUACUAAUUAAUUAUAAAGAAAAGGAAGUGCACUUUUAAUAUAAUUAUUUUAACAUGACACAAGUGCAAUUAAUAUUUAUACUUAUCAAUCAUGUGCAUUUACUUUGUAUAAGA